UUUCUCUUUUUCUCUCAAGGCUAUAGUUCAAUUUCCCAUUCUGGGCCACAUAUCCCAUUACAAAAAAGGACGCUGGGCUUGUCUACCUCAGGCCACUCCAAUCGUUGUAAGCCCCCAACCUGGAGUGCAUUGGGACGGAACAGGUCCACUCGGCCACGUGUUGCCAGGGGCAGUCGAGGUGAUCUGCGGGGCAGGGUGACAUCCGGAGAAACUGAGUGCUAGCGUCUGCAGAGCAGGGCACGUUGAAGAAAGUGAGUCGAGUUGAACGCGCAGCACUGGGGCCAAUGGGAGCGUGGAAGCAGGCCAAGCUGGUGCUGGGAUGGGCUGCUCUCUUCUGGGCCUCCCUCCAGGCAGCGUACGGCCAAGGCCAGAGCCAAAGCCCGGGCCAGGGGGAUGGGGGCUACCAGGCCAGCCGCUUCUCUGGAAAACCUGAUGAUCCACAGAGCCGCGUGCGCAGGAGAGGCCAGGACACUCUGAGGGGGCCCAAUGUGUGUGGCUCACGUUUUCAUUCCUAUUGUUGCCCUGGGUGGAAAACCCUCCCUGGAGGAAACCAGUGCAUUGUCCCCAUCUGCAGGAACUCCUGUGGCGACGGCUUCUGCUCCAGGCCCAACAUGUGCACCUGUUCCACCGGACACCUAGCUCCCAGCUGUGGGGCAGGUGCUGGAGGUGGUGGAGUGCAGUCCUGUAAUGUCAGGUGUAUGAACGGAGGCAGCUGCCAAGAGGAUUCCUGUUCAUGUCAGAAGGGCUUCACAGGCAUGCACUGUGGACAGCCUGUCUGUGAGACUGGCUGUCAGAACGGAGGGCGAUGCAUCGGCCCCAACAGAUGUGCUUGCGUCUAUGGUUUCACUGGUCCCCAGUGCGAAAGAGACUACCGGACCGGCCCCUGCUUCACGCAGGUCAACAACCAGAUGUGCCAGGGUCAGCUGAGUGGCAUUGUGUGUACCAAGACCCUCUGCUGUGCCACCAUUGGUCGCGCCUGGGGUCACCCGUGCGAAAUGUGCCCAGCGUCACCUCACCCCUGUCGCCGCGGCUUCAUCCCCAAUAUCCGCAGUGGAGCAUGUCAGGAUGUGGAUGAGUGCCAGGCCAUCCCAGGGUUGUGUGCCGGAGGAAACUGCAUUAACACCGUGGGCUCCUAUGAGUGUAAAUGUCCUGCAGGCCACCGCCAGAGUGAGACCAACCAAAAGUGUGAAGACAUUGACGAAUGUGCCGCCAACUCUGGCGUGUGCGAUGGAGGCGACUGCACCAACACCGUGGGCAGUUACGUCUGCACCUGUCCGCGUGGCUUCAUCACCACCUCAGACGGUUCCAGAUGUGUCGACCAGCGCCUGGGCAUGUGUUUCUCGGCGAUGGCCAGUGGACGCUGUGCUGGGGAGCUGAGUGGUCAGUACACCAAGAUGCAGUGCUGCUGUGAACUGGGCCGCUGCUGGGCCGCCGGGCACCUCUCUGAGGUGUGUCCUGUACGGGGAACUGACGAGUACAGGCGCCUGUGCAUCCAGGGCCUGCCUUAUGCCACGGGUAAUGGAGGUUACCUAAACGGUGGAGGCUACAAUAAUGGUGGAGGUGGUGGAAAUGGUGGCCAUGGCUACAAUGGCUUUAAGGUCAACCCUAAUGGCAACGGCCACGGGGGCAACGGCCACGGCCACGGGGGCAACGGCAAUGGAGGAUUUGACAUCGGCUCUGUGAAAGUGAACGAGACCAUUGAUGUGUGUAAGCACUUCACCAACCUGUGUCUGAAUGGACGCUGCAUCCCUACACCCACCAGCUACCGCUGCGAGUGCAACAUGGGCUACAGACAGGACGGCCGCGGAGAGUGUAUCGAUGUGGAUGAGUGUAUCAGCAAUCCCUGCGUGAACGGAGACUGUGUUAACACACAGGGAGGGUACCACUGCAAGUGUCACGAAGGCUACCAGGGGACCUCCACUAAACAGGCCUGCAUUGACAUUGACGAGUGCAUCGUUAAUGGAGUCAUGUGCCGUAACGGCCGCUGUGUCAACACUGACGGAAGCUUCCAGUGCAUCUGCAACGCUGGUUUUGAGCUCACGCCCGAUGAGAAGAACUGCAUUGACCAUGAUGAAUGUGCGACCACCAACAUGUGCCUCAACGGCAUGUGCAUCAACGAAGACGGCAGCUUCAAGUGCAUCUGCAAGCCUGGUUUCACCCUGGCAGCCAGUGGGCGCUAUUGCAUUGAUAUCGAUGAGUGUCAGACUCCAGGGAUCUGCAUGAACGGACGCUGCAUCAACUCCGAGGGCUCCUUUCGCUGCGAGUGUCCGCCCGGCCUGGCCGUGGACGUGGACGGCCGAGUGUGUGUGGACACGCACAUGCGCACCACCUGCUACGGGGCCAUCAAGAUGGGCACCUGCUCACGGCCCUUCCCCGGCGCCGUUACCAAGUCCGAGUGCUGCUGUGCCAACGCCGAGCACGGCUUCGGAGAGCCCUGCCAGCCGUGCCCUGCCCGCAACUCCGCGGAGUUCCUGGCAGUGUGCAGCAGCGGGAUCGGGAUCACGGCCGACGGACGAGAUAUCAACGAGUGCGGCCUGGACCCCGACAUCUGCCAGAAUGGCAUCUGUGAGAACCUGCGUGGAAGCUAUCGCUGCAUCUGCAACAGCGGCUAUGAGCCCGACUCUAGCGGGAAAAACUGUGUGGAUAUUAACGAGUGUCUGGUAAAUCGCCUGCUGUGUGACAACGGCCUGUGUCGGAACACCCCAGGCAGCUACACGUGCUCCUGUCCCAAGGGCUUCGUCUUCAAGCCAGACUCCGAGACCUGCGAAGAUAUCGACGAGUGCGAGUCCAGCCCCUGCGUCAACGGUGUCUGCCGCAACGUGGCCGGGUCGUUCAACUGCGAGUGUUCCCACGGCAGCAAGUUGGACUCCACCAACACCAUCUGUGUCGACAGCAUGAAGGGCACCUGCUGGCUGAACAUCCAGGACGGCCGCUGCGAGGUCAACAUCAACGGAGCCACGCUCAAGUCCGAGUGCUGCUCCACGCUGGGGGCGGCCUGGGGGAGUCCCUGUGAGCCCUGUGAGAUUGACACGGCCUGCUCCAAGGGUUUUGCCCGUAUGAAGGGACUGGUGUGUGAAGACAUAAACGAGUGCGAAGUGUUCCCUGGGGUGUGCAUCAACGGCCGGUGUGCGAACACUGAGGGCUCGUUCCGCUGCGACUGCUCCGAGGGGCUGACGCUGGACGGGACCGGACGGACCUGCGUGGACAUGCGAAGCGAACAGUGCUACAUGAAAUGGGAUGAGGACGAGUGUGUCGAACCGUUGCCGGGGCGAUACCGCGUGGACAUGUGCUGUUGCUCAGUGGGCGCGGCCUGGGGCGUGGACUGUGAGGAGUGCCCCAAGCCGGACAGCCUGGAGUUCAAAUCCAUCUGCCCCCGCGGGACAGGGUUUGCCAACCGCGGAGACAUCCUGACGGGCAGACCCUUCUAUAAAGAUGUGAACGAGUGUAAGGUCUUUAAGGGCCUGUGCACCCACGGCAACUGCAGGAACACCAUUGGCAGCUUCAAGUGCCGCUGCAACAGUGGCUUCGCCCUCACCAUGGAGGAGAGGAACUGCACAGAUAUUGAUGAGUGUCGCAUCUCCCCGGACCUGUGUGGCCACGGCACCUGUGUGAACACGCCCGGCAGCUUCGAGUGCGAGUGCUUCGAGGGCUACGAGAGCGGCUUCAUGAUGAUGAAGAACUGCAUGGACAUUGAUGAAUGUGAGAGGGACACCCUGCUGUGUCGCGGAGGCACCUGUCUGAACUCAGAGGGCAGCUACGAGUGCGAGUGUCCCCCCGGCCACCAGCUCAGCUCCGAGGGCUCCGUGUGUGAAGAUGUGAACGAGUGCGAGCUGAGUGACACCCUGUGUAAGAACGGCAAGUGUGUGAACGUGGUGGGCACCUACCAGUGCUCCUGCGAAAUGGGCUACCAGGCCACGCCCGACAGACAGGGCUGCGUGGAUAUUGAUGAGUGUACGAUCAUGAACGGAGGCUGUGACACUCACUGCACAAACUCAGAGGGCAGCUACGAGUGCAGCUGCAGUGAAGGCUAUGCUCUUAUGCCUGACCAGAGGAGCUGCGCUGACAUCGAUGAGUGUGAGGACACUCCUGACAUCUGUGACGGAGGCCAGUGCACCAACAUCCCAGGAGAGUACCGCUGCCUCUGCUACGACGGCUUCAUGGCCUCCAUGGACAUGCGGACCUGCAUCGAUGUGAAUGAGUGCGACCUGAACCCCAACAUCUGCCUGCACGGGGACUGUGAGAACACCAAGGGCUCAUUCAUCUGCCACUGCCAGCUGGGCUACUUUGUGAAGAAGGGCUCCACUGGCUGCACAGAUGUGGAUGAGUGUGAGAUCGGGGCUCAUAACUGCGACAUGCACGCUGCCUGUGUCAACGUUCCCGGGAGUUUCAAGUGUCGUUGCCGUGACGGCUGGGUAGGAGAUGGCAUCAAAUGUGUUGACCUGGAUGAGUGUGCCACCGAGGACCACAGCUGCAACCCCAACGCCAACUGUAUGAACACACCCGGCUCGUACCGCUGCGUCUGCAAAGAGGGCUUCAACGGCGAUGGCUUCUCCUGCUCAGACAUGGAUGAGUGUGCUGACAAUGUGAACCUAUGUGAGAACGGCCAGUGCCUCAACGCUCCUGGUGGCUACCGAUGCGAGUGUGAGAUGGGCUUCACCGCCACAGACGACAGGAAAGCCUGCCGAGAUAUUGAUGAGUGCAACUUCCAGAACAUCUGCAUGUUCGGAACAUGCCAGAACUUGCCGGGAAUGUUCCGCUGUGUGUGUGACGACGGAUACGAGCUGGAUCGCAGUGGAGGAAACUGCACUGAUGUGAAUGAGUGUGCAGACCCUGUGAACUGCAUCAACGGCCUGUGUGUGAACACGCCAGGAAGCUACCUCUGCAACUGCCCAGCCGACUUUGAGCUCAACCCCACUGGAGUGGGCUGUGUGGACACGCGUGUGGGGAACUGUUAUCUGGACACAUUGGCCCGUGGGGAUGGGGGGAUCUCCUGCAGUGCUGAGAUCGGUGUGGGGGUCACUAGAGCCUCCUGCUGCUGCUCGCUGGGGGGUGCAUGGGGCAACCCCUGUGAGCUGUGCCCUGCAGUCAACUCAACUGAGUACAAAACAUUGUGUCCUGGUGGUGAGGGCUUCCGGCCAAACCCCAUCACAGUCAUCCUGGAGGAUAUAGACGAGUGCCAUGAGCUUCCUGGCCUGUGCCAAGGGGGCAACUGUGUCAACACAUUUGGGAGCUUCCAGUGUGAGUGCCCUGCUGGGUACUACCUGAACGAGGAGACCCGCAUCUGUGAAGACAUUGAUGAAUGCACAGCCCACAUCGGCAUCUGCGGGCCGGGUACCUGCUACAACACUCUUGGAAACUACACCUGUGUCUGCCCACCUGAGUACAUGCAAGUCAACGGAGGCAACAACUGCAUGGACAUGAGGAAGAGUGUGUGCUACCGCAACUUCAACGACACGUGCGAGAACGAGCUGUCUUUCAACGUGACCAAGAAGAUGUGCUGCUGCGCCUACCUCGUGGGCAAGGCCUGGAACAAGCCGUGCGAGCCCUGUCCCACCCCAGCUACAUCUGAGUAUCAGAUCCUGUGUGGUAGCCAAUCCCCUGGCUUCAUAAUUGACAUCCACACUGGACAGCCUGUUGAUAUUGACGAGUGCCGCGAGAUCCCUGGCAUCUGUGCCAACGGCGUGUGCAUCAACCAGAUCGGCAGCUUCCGCUGCGAGUGCCCCAUGGGCUUCAGCUACAACAACAUCCUCCUGAUCUGUGAAGACAUUGACGAAUGCAACAGUGGCGAGAACCUGUGCCAGCGCAAUGCCAAGUGCAUCAACAUCCCCGGGAACUACCGCUGCGAGUGCUCGCCCGGCUACAAGCUCUCCCCAAGCGGGGCGUGCGUGGACCGCAACGAGUGCCAGGAGAUCCCCAACGUCUGCAGCCAGGGCGAGUGCAUCGACACGCAGGGCAGCUACCGUUGCCACUGCCACAACGGCUUCAAGGCCUCGGCCGACCAGACCAUGUGUAUGGACAUUGAUGAGUGCGACAGGCAGCCAUGUGGCAACGGCACCUGCAAGAACUCAGUGGGCUCCUACAACUGCCUGUGUUUCCCCGGCUUCGAUCUCACACACAACAACGACUGCAUGGAUAUUGAUGAGUGUAGUACGCAGGCCGGCCAGGUGUGUAGGAAUGGCCAGUGCAUCAACAACGUGGGCUCUUUCCAGUGCCUGUGCCUCGAUGGCUAUGACCUCACCCCUGAUGGCAAGAACUGCGUUGAUGUAAAUGAGUGUGUGACGUUCCCCGGGGCCUGCUCACCUGGCACCUGUCACAACCUGGACGGCUCUUUCCGCUGCAUCUGUCCGCCGGGCUACUCCGUGCAGAAUGACCAGUGCAUCGACAUCGACGAGUGCGAGUCCGAGCCCAAUAUCUGCCAGUUCGGCACCUGCAACAACACACCCGGCAGCUUCCAGUGUGUGUGCCAGCCUGGUUUCGUGCUCUCUGAUAACGGCAGGCGCUGCUUUGACACGCGUGAGAGCUUCUGCUUCACACGCUUUGAUGCAGGCAAGUGCUCCGUGCCCAAGGCCUCCAACACCACCAAGGCCAUGUGCUGCUGCAGCAAGAUGCCCGGCGAGGGCUGGGGAGACCCCUGUGAGCUGUGCCCACGGGACGGUGAAGCGGCCUUCCUCACCCUCUGUCCUUAUGGUCAUGGAACCUUCCCUGGUCUGUUUGGAAGAGAAGACAUGAAUGAGUGUUUGGAUAACCCUGGCAUCUGUGGAAAUGGCAUAUGCAUAAACACUGAUGGUUCCUUCCGCUGCGAGUGUCCCUUUGGAUACAACCAGGACUACAAUGGCCUCAACUGCGUGGACACUGAUGAGUGCUCCAUCGGGAACCCCUGUGGGAACGGCACCUGCACUAAUGUGGUGGGAGGCUUCGAGUGCAACUGUCAGGAGGGCUUUGAACCCGGGCCCAUGAUGACAUGUGAAGACAUUAAUGAGUGUGCUUCCAAUCCCCUGCUCUGUGCCUUCCGUUGCGUCAACACCUUCGGCUCCUACGAGUGCAUGUGUCCGGCGGGAUACGUGCUGCGUGAUGACCACAGGAUGUGCAGAGACCAGGACGAGUGCUCUGAGGGUCUGGAUGACUGUGCGUCUAGAGGCAUGGCCUGCAAGAACCUCAUCGGUACCUUCAUGUGCAUCUGCCCACCUGGAAUGACACGCCGACCUGACGGAGAGGGCUGCAUGGACCUGAAUGAAUGUCGCACCAAGCCUGGCAUCUGUAAGAACGGGCGCUGCGUCAACGCGGUGGGCAGCUACCGCUGCGAGUGCAACGAGGGCUUCCAGCCGAGCUCCACAGCCACCGAGUGCAUCGAUAACAGACAGGGCUUCUGCUUCACCGAGGUGCUCCAGACCAUGUGCCAGCAGUCCUCCACCAACCGCAACAGCGUCACCAAGUCCGAGUGCUGCUGCAACGCCGGCCGCGGCUGGGGCCCCCAGUGCGAGCUGUGCCCGCUGCCUGGCACCGUGCACUACAAGAAGAUGUGCCCACUGGGACCCGGCUACACCACAGAUGGGCGAGACAUCAACGAGUGCCAGGUCCUGCCCAACCUGUGUAAGGACGGCCAGUGCAUCAACACCAUCGGCUCGUUCCGCUGCCACUGUGACGUGGGCUACAGCGCUGACUACACUGGCACUGCCUGCGAAGACACGGAUGAGUGCUCACAGUCUCCCAAGCCGUGUAACUUCCUGUGCAAGAACACGGAGGGCAGCUACCUGUGCUCGUGCCCCAGAGGUUACACCCUGCAGCCUGAUGGCAAGUCCUGCAAAGAUUUGGAUGAGUGCUCCACCAAGCAGCACAACUGCCAGUUCCUGUGUGUGAACACCAUUGGUGGCUUCACCUGCAAGUGUCCGCCCGGCUUCACACAGCACCAGACCGCAUGUAUCGACAAUAAUGAAUGUAGCCAGACGAGUGCGUGUGGCUCUCGUGCGUCCUGCACCAACACCCCAGGCAGCUUCAACUGUGAGUGUGGGAAGGGCUUCUCCCUAGACGGGACAGGCGUCGAGUGUGAAGAUGUGGAUGAGUGUGGGGGGAACCACCGCUGCCAGCACGGCUGCCAGAACAUGAUGGGAGGUUUCCGCUGUGGCUGCCCUCAGGGCUACGCACAGCACUACCAGUGGAACCAGUGUGUGGAUGAGAACGAGUGCUCCGGCAACCAGAUGUGUGGCUCCGCCUCCUGCUACAACACUCUGGGCAGCUUCAAGUGCGUGUGCCCGUCGGGCUUCGACUUCGAGCAGGGCAACUGCCAGGAUGUGAACGAGUGUUCCAUGGGCAGCAACCCCUGCAGCUUCGGCUGCUCCAACACGGAUGGAGGCUACCAGUGUGGUUGCCCAGGGGGCUACUACAGAGCAGGACAAGGGCACUGUAUCACAGGAAUGGGCAUCCCUCUGGGCCAGUUCAACCCUGAGGGAGAGGGCGAUGACAGUCUCUCUCACGAGGCCUGCUACGAGUGCAAGAUUAAUGGUGACGCCGGCAAGAACGGACGCCACCGGCGAAGCGCCGCUGACAAGCAGGGCGUAAGCAUGGCCAGCGUGGACACACAGGAGUCCAUCCCCAUGAACCUGAGCCUGUCGACGCUGCAGAACCGCGAGCCGCUGCUGGAGCUGCUGCCAGCCCUGGAGCCGCUGGCGCACCACGUGCGCUACGUCAUCACCCACGGCGAGCACACAGAGUACUUCCGGCUGCAGGAGCGCCGCGACGGCAAGAGCAUCCUGCGGCUGGGGCGCAAGGCACCGCCACCGGGCUCCUACCGGCUGGAGAUCGCCAGCCUUCCACUGUUCGGCCCGCGCAAGCUGCGGCAGCUGGAGGACCAGCACGACAACGACUACCUGCUGGGGGAGAUCGGAGACGCGCUGCGCAUCAAGCUGCACAUCCACCUGCACUGAGCCCUGCCUCCGACCCACCCCCACCCACCCAUGCCCAGCCCCAACCGGCCCAGGACUGCCACCCCCUCCAAUACCUACCCCCCUUCCCCUACCCUUUUACCUUAAACCUGAUACUUUAUACUACCCAAACAGGGCACUGUGGCCCAAAAACUGAGUCGACCACCUACCACUUUUAUUUUCUUUGUUUGUUUGCUGUUGUUUUAUUUGUUACCCUAAACCCCAUUUAUCCAAACCCAACCCCCAUCAAUACUAAAUCAAGAAGAUUACAGACAGGUGAUGUGGUUUCUGCACGCGUCCUCUUUUUGACAGCCAGAGUAAAGAGACGAGAGAAAAGAGCUGACAUUUUCAGUCAAAAAUACGACGUACGUAUGUACAACGCACAGUUGCACCAAGUUUUAGCCAAAGCCAAUAGUGUGGAAUUAUUGUGUGGGGGUUUGAAGUUAAAAAAAAAAAAAGAAGAAGAAGAAUGUUGCAGUUGAUUGAGAAGGAAAAAGUAUAGAAGUUUACAAUUAAAAGAAGUGGUUCAAAAUGAUCUUCCCAUCUCUCUACUGACUUCUUUUUCAGGCUUUGUCGUUAAACAGCCACCUCUUACUUUUAGUUGUGUGGUAAAAAUUUGGGGGCAAAUUUGUACAAAAGAAACUCAUGUUAAUGAUGAGUAAGUGCCUGUCAGAGAUGGUCCGGAGAGCCCCUCCCCUUUCUGUAAUCUCGUUCAACACUGGGGUGAAAGAUUCCACUCUUGCUUCAUUCAGUAUUCUAUGUAUGUUCAUGUAUUGUGCUGUUUAAGGAAAAAACAACAUUCACACGAAGGACUGCAACAAUUGUCACAACAUUUUCAGGUUUCCAGAGAGAGUAGAGCAUGGAUAGAUUGUAAAAGGGGGGGGGGUGGGGUAAAUCAUGUCAGAUGUGUAAUGUCUUGCGUACUGUUUCCUGUGUUUUUGCUUGUGCCGUCCUCUCUCUGUUACCUCAACUUCUCUGUCCCUAGUAUCAGUCAUGUCGUCGCUGUGUUGUAGUAAUGUAUGUGACCAGCAGGGGGCCUCUCUGCCCCACCCCAUUUAGUCAAUGUGACGGGUGUAUUAGGACAUCAGUCUCAUGGUGCUGCAGUUGUUUUUAUUAUCAUGCACUGAAACUGCUCUUUGAGUUUUUAUCAGGGAGAUCUUCAACAGAAUGGCAGCAGGUUACGCUCAAUGCCUGGUGGGCCUUGGAGCACAGCAGAAAUCUAGUCCAUAAAUGAUAUCUGAUGUUCUAAAGAGCAGGUUGAGCCCCUCCCCCCCUUGUUGUACUGUGGUGGGUAGACCACUUAAAGCCUUAUGAAAAAAAAAAACUACAUUCAGCAAGACUCACCAUGGAAACCUCACACCACAGGUACUUGUAGACAUCUUCGCUAUUAAAUGCAAAAAAGCCGGGAAAGAUUCCACUACUCAUUACAGAGAGGGACACGCACAGGCAAGCACUGAACCUCACUGACAAAGACAUCCAUCAGGUCAACUUUCAUCUGAAUUCAUAAAGUUGUUUUUUCUCAAGGAGAGAAAAGGUGCUAAAUAAUUCCAACUCUUUCGCUGUACUAAGACAAAACGCAGUCUCGAUUCUUGAUUGCAGCAGUGACAUUUUAAGAGUGUUUCGUUUCCUUUGUCUCUUUGUUAUGUGUUUGUGUCUCUUGUAAUGUCUGGAUGCUGAAAACCAAUAUUAUACAAACUUGCUUCUUGAAAAUUAAAUUGUAUAUUUUAAAGUGAAAGGAAAAAAAUUGUUGUCUGAAAAGCAUCAUGGCUGCCAAAACACUUACUUGUAAACACAACAUUGAAGGCCUUAAAGUGCUGAUGACUUUGUUUUGCUCAGAUAAAAAAGAACCAAUCACAGGGAGGCCCAGUGCGAUUAAAUAACGCUGUUUAUGUCUCCAGACCCAGGAGUGCUCCAGUAACACUUCUGCAUUUAGAAUCAGCGACAAAUGGGAGAUUCAGGGACCCGCGCUGGAAUAGAAUUCCAUACUGUAUUUCCCAGUGCUGGGAAUCGGAAUACUGAGAACAACCUUCUGCUGGGAGUCAGUGUUAACUCUCACCAGGGUCCAGUCCUUUUGCAUGCAUUCAAAGAGCAUCUUUCUCAUUUCCAGCCUCUGGUGCUAAACAACAUGGAUUCUGCAACUCUGAACAUCAAGGUUACUGCACUGUUGAACAGCCUGAUCUAUAUUUAUGCAUAACCAUUUUUUUUUGUUUACCAUGGGAAAACUUUGUAUACUUUGUAUCUUUUUUUGUUUUGUUUGUUUGUUUUUUAUUAUUAUUAUUAUUAUUAUUAUUAUUUUAUUUGCCACUACAUGUAAAAGAAUGUGUGUGUGUGUGCGUACUGUACUUCAGCUUUAGCAUCAAACUUGAAACACACCUUUGCCAUCAUUCAGUCAGUUCUCAGUAAUGCUCAGGAUGGUGUGGUAUACAGGCCCUGUUUGCCUAUGGGGUUUCCAUGACUUUUUUGAGCCAUAACAUAUCUAUGACGAGUGUCAAGGAGAACAUCCUCUGGCUCUUUUCCGUCUGUAAAGUCAACUACUCUUUUUUUAUACUGAGGAAAAACAUGAUCACAAGAUCUUUCUUUCAUGGAUUGGGCAUAUACAUCCAUCAAGACUGAGUAACCUGCAUUCAUUUUUGUAAAGUUUUAUCAGAAACAUCAACCGUCAAUAAAUCCUGUGGGUUAUAUUUUUCA